CGCGGCGGCGGCUGCUGCUGCUGCUGCGCGAAGGGAGCGCGGAGCGGAGGGAUGUGGGGCUUUGGGGGAGGCAGGAUCUUCGGGAUCUUCUCUGCUCCCGUCCUGGUGGCCGUGGUCUGCUGCGCCCAGAGUGUGAACGAUCCCGGCAACAUGUCCUUCGUGAAAGAAACUGUGGAUAAAUUGUUGAAGGGCUACGACAUCCGCCUCCGGCCGGAUUUCGGAGGUCCGCCCGUCUGCGUGGGGAUGAACAUCGACAUCGCCAGCAUCGACAUGGUUUCCGAAGUCAACAUGGACUACACUUUGACCAUGUACUUUCAACAGUACUGGAGAGAUAAGAGGCUGGCUUACGCUGGAAUACCUCUCAACCUCACGCUUGAUAAUCGAGUGGCAGAUCAGCUUUGGGUGCCUGACACUUACUUCUUAAAUGACAAGAAAUCAUUUGUGCACGGCGUUACUGUGAAGAAUCGGAUGAUUCGCCUUCACCCGGACGGGACGGUGCUUUACGGYCUCAGAAUCACAACCACUGCAGCUUGUAUGAUGGACUUGAGAAGAUACCCAUUAGAUGAACAAAACUGUACUCUGGAAAUAGAAAGCUAUGGCUACACAACUGAUGACAUAGAGUUCUACUGGAGAGGUGGAGAUAACGCAGUCACUGGCGUGGAGAGGAUUGAACUUCCUCAGUUCUCUAUCGUGGAAUACAGACUGGUGUCAAAGAAUGUUGUCUUUGCCACAGGUGCCUAUCCAAGACUCUCACUGAGCUUCAGGUUGAAGAGAAAUAUCGGCUACUUUAUUCUUCAAACCUACAUGCCCUCUAUACUGAUUACCAUUUUAUCAUGGGUGUCAUUCUGGAUCAAUUAUGAUGCAUCAGCAGCAAGAGUUGCCCUUGGAAUUACGACUGUGCUGACUAUGACAACAAUCAACACUCACCUACGGGAGACUUUGCCUAAAAUUCCCUAUGUUAAAGCCAUUGACAUGUAUCUCAUGGGCUGCUUUGUGUUUGUCUUCUUGGCCUUACUUGAAUACGCCUUUGUCAACUACAUUUUCUUUGGAAAAGGCCCUCAAAGGCAGAAGAAACUUGCGGAAAAAACAACAAAGGCAAACAACGAUCGCUUAAGGUUUGAAGGCAACCGGGUGGACACCCAUGGAAACAUUCUGCUAACAUCACUUGAAAUUCACAACGAGGUGGCAAGCAACGAGGUCACCACCAGCAUUACGGAAGCCCGAAAUUCAACUAUAUCAUUUGACAACUCAGGAAUCCAGUACAGAAAACAAAGCUCACAUCGUGAAAGCCUCGGAAGGCGUUCGUCAGAAAGAACAGGCACCCAUAGCAAGAGGGGCCAUUUACGAAGAAGGUCUUCRCAACUGAAAAUAAAAAUCCCCGAUCUAACAGAUGUGAAUGCCAUCGACAGAUGGUCAAGAAUGGUGUUUCCAUUCACAUUUUCUCUUUUCAACUUAAUUUACUGGCUAUACUAUGUUAACUGAGUGACUGAGUUUUUUUAAAGGACUUCAAUUAUAACAAGUGAAGUACUACUUGCCUGCAGAGUUUAUAUAUAUAUUUAUAUAUAUAUUUAUAUAUAAAAAAUAUAUAUAUGAACUUUUACUAUGUAGACCAUACUCAUGUAUGUGUGAAUACAUGUAGCAGAGAAAUGUGUGUACUUUAAAGCACAAUCUGCAAAGCAAAAGUAUAUGUAUGCACACACACAUGAACACAUUCAUUCUGGGGUUAUGGACACUUUAACAUAGAAUGCACUUCAGAGGAACUUUUUAAAUUGAAAGGCAGGUGUUGUCAAAGCAGCAAGCCUUGAGAAAGUAAGUGUUGUAUAUUAUCACUACAGAACUUUGUCAUAGAAAUUUUCAAACAUCUGUAAUCAUGUAUAAAGUCAGUAUUUAGUAACAUCGUUUGUAAAUGCUGCCAUAUACACUAAUCAUAAAGCAGUAGAGUUACACUGGUAAGUUUAAAAUAAGUUAUUUCUAUUGCAGAUCCAUCAACUAUGAUUUCACCAAGCCAAAUUUAUUUUUCUUUGCUAAAAUUUCUUGGGUUUAUAUGUCAUCAUACAUCUUUUCCCAGUCCUGAAUGGGCAUGGUUUUUAAUGAUCUCUUGCUUUCUCUUCUGCAGUGAGCAAGCUGAUCAUGARAGUGUUGUAGGUCUUUGGAGACAUAUACAGGUUUAUAAUAUUUCAAACAAGCAUUUUAAGUGUCCAUCAACAGUGAAAUGAAUCUUUUGUAAGUACUGUAAAUGUACAGCACAUUUUCCUUCCCUUGGACUGGUUCCAGCUGCCAUGUCAUUUUGAAAGAGAACAGCACAUUUUUAGUAUAAUUUAGCUGAGAAUUCAACUACUGUCAAUGUGUUCUACAUCUGCUGUAGAUUUAAAGAUUGUUAUUCCAGUGAAAGCAUAGAAGAUGUCUCAGGUUAUUUGUUACUUCGACAUGAAAUCACCUAGCUGUAGCCUUUUUUAAACAUGCAUUCAUAUUUAUUUAACAUUCUUAUAACAUUGUAUGUUAAUGUAAAAUAUAUUUGCAUAAUAUGCAUAUAAGUACAUUUUCUCAAUAUUUUUCUUCCCUGUGCUUGCUAUUGUGACUGCAUGUUAUGUCAUAUUUUUGUUUCUGUGAUGUUAUAACUUUUUAUUCUCUAGAGUUGAGCAAAUAGAGCACUUCUGAUACUUUGAUUUGGUAAUGGAGCAUUUUCAUAUUUUAUUUAUAUACUGAAAGUAUAUACACCUACACUUACAAAGGUAGUGUGCUGACAUCACAGAUCACAGGAGUAUGUUUUGUUUCAGCAUUAACUAAGUUCUAACAUAUCCUUCAUGCAAAUGUGAUCAUUUUGGUUUUCAUCCCAGUUCAUUCCCUCACUGGGAAUUCCAGCCUUUUUCGGUCUAGUAGAUUGUAGUUGUCAAGGCAUGCCAAUUUCAGAUCUGUAAACUUAAUUUGUUAUUUAUCAGAACUAAACCUUUCUAAAGAAAAGAAGAUAUAUUUUUUGUAAACAGUGUUUCUAUCAUGUACAUUCUCAAAUAACAACAAAUACAGUAGCAUAAGUAGAUCUAAACUAACAGAAUUCAGGCUUAGCCCUGACAGUUCUCUGCAUGUGAAGUUCCUCUGGACAUUGACUUUUUUUUUGACCAAGAGCUUUGGAUGCUAGUUGGAGACUUCCACGGGUGAAAAUAUGUGUCAAUAUUUGCAUCUAGCAAAAGCACCAGACAAGAGAGAAACUGAAAAGGCUGCUUUGGCCCUGUAAUGUCCCGUGUCCUUUCUAGUACUGGGUUUACCUGUGAAUAGAGCGCUGAUACUCGGGCUGCUGCCCUGUACGGCCCAUUACUGUUCCCACCCCUGUGUGCAGCUGAGCUGUGAAACUUUGCUCUGGACUGAAAUGCAGCACAGAUGAGCCUGAAUUUCAAAUGUGUUUCAGUUCCAUCCUCAGGGCUGCUCCUUGAGCAUCAGUGGGCUCGGCACMGWUGCCUKGAGCGCUGCU